CCAUCUUGUAUCUGCGGCUGAGCCGGAGGAGGUGGCAGGGGCCAUCACAAGCACUACGGCCGGGGGAGGAGAACGCGGCGGCGGCGAUUCUAGGCGGCCAAGGCGGCGGGGAGGAGGAGGAGGAGGAGGAGAAGGAGGGUGGCGGCCGGGCUUGGCUUCGGCUCCUAGAGGAGUUGGCGGCGGCGCGACCCGGGGAACCGGCAUUGAUGUCCAGCUCGCCGCUGUCCAAGAAACGUCGCGUGUCGGGGCCUGAUCCAAAGCCGGGUUCUAACUGUUCCCCAUCGAGAUCUGUGUUGUCCGAAGUGUCCUCGGUGCCAACCAACGGAAUGGCGAAGAACGGCAGUGAAGCAGACAUAGACGAGGGCCUCUACUCCCGCCAGCUGUACGUGUUAGGCCAUGAGGCAAUGAAACGGCUCCAGACAUCCAGCGUGUUGGUAUCGGGCCUGCGGGGCUUGGGCGUGGAGAUCGCCAAGAACAUCAUCCUCGGUGGUGUUAAGGCUGUCACCCUCCAUGACCAAGGCACUGCCCAGUGGGCCGACCUCUCCUCCCAGUUCUAUCUGCGGGAGGAGGACAUCGGAAAGAACCGGGCUGAGGUCUCCCAGCCCCGCCUCGCUGAGCUCAACAGCUAUGUGCCUGUCACCGCCUAUACUGGGCCCCUCGUGGAGGAAUUCCUAAGUGGCUUCCAGGUGGUGGUCCUUACCAACACCCCCCUGGAGGAUCAGCUACGGGUGGGUGAGUUCUGUCAUAGUCGUGGCAUCAAGCUGGUGGUGGCAGAUACACGGGGCCUGUUCGGGCAGCUCUUUUGUGACUUUGGAGAGGAAAUGAUUCUCACAGACUCCAAUGGAGAACAACCGCUUAGCGCCAUGGUUUCUAUGAUCACUAAGGACAGCCCUGGUGUGGUCACCUGCCUGGAUGAGGCUAGGCACGGCUUUGAGAGUGGCGACUUCGUCUCCUUUUCAGAAGUACAAGGCAUGGUUGAACUCAACGGAAGUCAGCCCAUGGAGAUCAAAGUCUUAGGUCCCUACACCUUCAGCAUCUGUGACACCUCCGGCUUCUCUGACUACAUCCGCGGAGGCAUUGUCAGUCAGGUCAAAGUCCCAAAGAAGAUCAGCUUUAAAUCCCUGAUGGCCUCACUGGCAGAGCCCGACUUUGUGAUGACUGACUUUGCCAAGUUCUCCCGCCCUGCCCAGCUGCACAUCGGCUUCCAAGCGCUGCACCAGUUCUGUGCUCAGCACGGCCGACCUCCCCGGCCCCGUAAUGAGGAAGACGCAGCCGAACUGGUGACCCUCGCCCAGGCCUUGAAUGCACGGGCCCAGCCAGCAGUACAGCAAGACAGCCUGGACGAGGAUCUCAUCCGGAAGCUGGCGUAUGUAGCUGUUGGAGAUCUGGCACCCAUCAAUGCCUUCAUCGGGGGCCUGGCUGCCCAGGAGGUCAUGAAGGCCUGCUCUGGGAAGUUUAUGCCCAUCAAGCAGUGGCUCUACUUUGAUGCCCUGGAGUGUCUCCCUGAGGACCAAGAAGCUCUUACAGAGGAAAAGUGCCUCCCGCGCCAGAACCGUUAUGAUGGGCAGGUGGCUGUGUUUGGUUCAGACCUGCAGGAGAAGCUGGGCAAACAGAAGUAUUUUCUGGUGGGUGCGGGAGCCAUAGGUUGUGAGCUGCUCAAGAACUUUGCCAUGAUUGGGCUAGGCUGUGGGGAUGGUGGAGAGAUUGUGGUCACAGACAUGGACACCAUUGAGAAAUCAAAUCUGAACCGCCAAUUUCUAUUCCGUCCCUGGGAUGUAACGAAGCUCAAGUCCGACACUGCUGCUGCGGCUGUGCAACAGAUGAACCCACACAUCCACGUGACAAGUCACCAGAACCGUGUAGGCCCCGACACAGAACGCAUCUAUGACGACGAUUUCUUUCAGAACCUGGACGGGGUGGCCAAUGCCCUGGACAAUGUGGAUGCCCGCAUGUACAUGGACCGCCGCUGUGUGUACUACCGGAAGCCGCUGCUGGAGUCUGGCACUCUGGGUACCAAAGGCAACGUGCAGGUGGUAAUCCCCUUCUUGACAGAGUCAUACAGCUCUAGCCAGGACCCACCUGAGAAGUCCAUCCCUAUCUGCACACUGAAGAACUUCCCUAAUGCCAUCGAGCACACCCUGCAGUGGGCUCGGGAUGAAUUUGAAGGCCUUUUCAAGCAGCCUGCAGAAAACGUCAACCAGUACCUUACGGACCCCAAGUUUGUGGAGCGGACACUGCGGCUGGCAGGCACCCAACCCCUGGAGGUGCUGGAGGCCGUGCAGCGCAGCUUGGUGCUUCAGAGGCCACAGACCUGGGCCGACUGUGUGACCUGGGCCUGCCACCACUGGCACACCCAGUACUCAAACAACAUCCGGCAGCUGUUGCACAACUUCCCUCCCGACCAGCUCACAAGUUCUGGAGCUCCAUUCUGGUCUGGGCCCAAACGCUGUCCACACCCGCUUAUGUUUGAUGUCAAUAAUCCUCUGCAUCUGGACUAUGUGAUGGCCGCUGCCAACCUGUUUGCCCAGACCUAUGGGGUGACAGGCUCUCAGGACCGCGCUGCUGUGGCUACCCUCCUCCAGUCCGUGCAGGUCCCCGAAUUCACUCCCAAGUCUGGCGUCAAGAUUCAUGUCUCUGACCAGGAGCUGCAGAGUGCUAAUUCUUCUGUUGAUGACAGCCGCCUAGAGGAACUCAAGGCUACCCUGCCCAGCCCUGAAAAACUGCCUGGAUUCAAAAUGUUCCCCAUCGACUUUGAGAAGGACAACGACAGCAACUUCCACAUGGAUUUCAUCGUGGCUGCAUCUAAUCUCCGGGCAGAGAACUAUGAUAUUCCCCCUGCAGACCGGCACAAGAGCAAGCUGAUUGCAGGGAAGAUCAUCCCAGCUAUUGCUACAACUACAGCAGCCGUGGUCGGCCUUGUGUGCCUGGAACUCUACAAAGUGGUGCAGGGGCACCGGAAACUGGACUCGUACAAGAAUGGCUUCCUCAACUUGGCCCUGCCCUUCUUUGGCUUUUCUGAACCACUGGCUGCACCGCAUCACCAGUACUAUAACCGAGAAUGGACGUUGUGGGAUCGCUUUGAGGUACAGGGAGUGCAGCCCAGCGGUGAGGAGAUGACCCUCAGACAGUUCCUCGAGUACUUUAAGACAGAGCACAAGUUGGAGAUUACCAUGCUGUCCCAGGGGGUGUCAAUGCUUUACUCCUUCUUCAUGCCAGCCGCCAAGCUCAAGGAGCGAUUGGACCAGCCGAUGACAGAGAUCGUAAGUCGUGUGUCGAAGCGAAAGCUGGGCCGCCAUGUGCGAGCGCUGGUGCUUGAACUGUGCUGCAACGAUGAGAGUGGCGAGGACGUGGAAGUCCCUUAUGUACGAUACACCAUCCGCUGACCCCACCCCUCCCCGUCCUGUAGCUGACUCCGCCCCGAUGCCCCUCCCCUUCCCCCCCACACCACCCCCCUUUCCCAACCCACGGCUCUCAUUUGGCCUCUGACAGUGGCCCCCGUUAGCGAAGCCUGUUGGUGUCAACCCCCCUCGUCCCCUCCUACCUGAAUCCCACUUGCCGCUGCUUUUUACCCUGUUUGGAACCUGAAUCCCAAUAAAGAAUUAUUAACCCA